AUGCUUCGAACCCAGAUAGGCCGCCUUGCAACUUUUAGUGCUGGAAAAGUCGCAGUUGCUUGUCCGGGUCAGGGAAUUGUACCCAAAGGAUGCCUUUAUGGGUUCCGAAAACACGAGAAACUCAUAAAACCGUCACUACAUCUUGUCGAUGAGGUUUUGGGUGAAAACUUCUCGAAACACCUUUUGGAAGAACCGUCUCUGGACGCUGAUGUUUGGAGUUUACGUACUUCAAACGCUCAGCCGGCUAUUCUUACCGCUACGUUCAUUACAUACCUGUUGUUUCGGGACCUUUACGGUAUAGACUUGGUCAAACACGAGAAGACUGGUUUCCUCUUGGGCCAUUCGUUGGGCGAGUACUCGGCAUUGACUCUUGGAGGGGUAUUGGAGUUUGGUCAAGCUGUUAAAAUUGUCCGUCAAAGAGGCCUUUUGAUGGAGGAGUUGGUCAAGGAUAGUGAUUAUUCAAUGAUGGUGCUUGUUUUCAGACCGAAAAGCUUUGAUGUGGUUUCUGAAGUUGCCUCGAAACAUAAAGUGCUAGCAUGUGUGAAUAACUCGUCGCAAGUCCUGAUAAGUGGCUCGCCAAAGCAAUUGGAAACUGCGUUGGCAGAGAUGCCAAAGGGUGCAGUGUUGAAGCUGGUAAAGCUUCCUGUGAAGAUUCCUUUCCAUAAUGAACUUCUAGGGUCGAUAGAGCCGCAAUUGGCUCAGCUAUCGGAUGGCAAUGCCUCCCCAUUGAAGCCUAUAAUAUCCAAUUUGACGGGUUCGGUCGGUACUGGUUCUAGCUUCUUAAACACUGUGAAAGACAAUUCCAAACCUGUGCUUUGGAAACAGUCGCUAGAGUUCUUGAAAGAGAAUGAGAUCGAAGGUAUAGUUAACUUGGGACCUGGUCUGGCUCUAGGAGAUAUGAACAAGCGUUCGGGCAUGGAGAACUAUCCUUUGGUUGGUUUAGAGGAUAUGGAGAAACUUGCCCAAACCUGGGACUCUCUUUGA